GAUCUGCCAUGGCGGAGCAGCAGGACCAGCAGGACCCGCAGGACCCGGUGGCGGCGGCGGCCGAGAGCGGCAGCGAGAGCGAGGACGGGGAGGAUGGAGAGCGACGGCACCGGCGGCUCCUGGAGGCGAUCAGCGCCCUGUCCGGACGGAAACGGCGGAAGCUGGCGGAGCGCUCCGAGGCGGGCGGGCAGGUGUCCGAGUUCAAUGUCACCUGCAAAGGUGCUGGCGAGAAGCUGGUCCUGUCGGAGCUGCUGAAGCCCAUCCGCCCCAAAUCUGCCCUGAGCAGCGUGAGGAAGGAGCUGGCCAGGGUGAAGCGGAAGGCGGCGGUGGAGCUGCCGCUGAGCAAGGAGGAGGCUAAGAGGGUGGUGAGGGAGGCUGCCUACGUCACCACCUCGAAGGAUGUAGGGAAGUGGCAGCAGGUGGUCCUUCAGAACCGGCGCUCAGAGCAGCUGGUGUUCCCCCUGCGGCAGGACAUCCCCACGGUGACGCCUCUGGAGAGGGUGACGUCGGCCUGGAAGGCCCGGACUCCACUGGAGCAGGAGAUCUUUGGAUUGCUCCACAAGACACAGCAGCCCAUCACAGACCCGCUGCUGACACCGGAGGAGACAGCCUCGCUGAAGGCCAUGAGCUUGGAGGAGAACAAGGGAAAGUGGGCCCGAUCCAGGGCCAUUAUGGCCAAGUAUGACCUGGAGGCCCGCAAGGCCAUGCAGGAACAGCUGGCCAGGAACAAGGAGCUGAUGCAGAAGGUGCAGGUGGAGCCACCUGAGGAGGAGCCGUGCGAGGUGCCCGAAGAGGAUACUGGAGCCGUGGCCAUCCCCACCGGGGUCAGCACGGCUAAUCCCUGGAUGCUGGGCAAGCCCAGCGCCCCGGCCCCAGAGCCUGAGGCACAGGAGGGUCCCAGAGAUGGCACAGUGCCUGGUGCUGCAGAGAGCAAGGAGGAGAUGGAGGAGGAGGAAGAGGAGGAGCUGUCAGAGGAGGAAGCUCUGCUACAAGACUUUGAGCAGAAGCGGCAGGCACGACAGGAGCGGGCAGGGAGCCCUGAAGGGCACGGUGCUGGUGAGACUGAGGCCAGUGCUGAGCGGCCGGGGGACAGCCCCAUCCCCCCAUUCUGUGCUGAGGAGCCGGUGAGCACGGGGCUGGAGCCACCCCCUCAGGCCCAGGAGCAGCUCCUGCUCUCAGAGCAGCUGCACCGUGUGCAGACCAUGGAGGAUGUGGAGGGUCUGGCCAAGGAGGAGCCUGUGGAAGAGCAGGAGAAGCCAGUGGCCCCGAGAGCAGGGAAGCAAGUGCAGCAGCAGAAGGAAAGAACAGCUGGGGACAGACAUGCCGAAAAAACAACAGACAAGAAGAAGAUGAUCAGCCUGGAGGCUGUACUGGAUGGGAAGCCCCAGGAGAUGGACUGCCCAAGCCUGCCUGUGGUCGUGGAGGAAGAGGAGGGUGGCAUCGACCAGCGCGGGAUGAUCACGGAGGCCUUCGCUGGGGACGACGUGGUCGCCGACUUCCAGCGGGAGAAGCGCAAGGCCGAGGAGGCGGCGAAGCCGCAGCCGGUGAACCUGGUGCUGCCGGGCUGGGGCGAGUGGGGCGGCACCGGGCUCCGGCCCAGCACCAAGAAGGUCAAGAGGUUCCUGCUCAAGCCGCCGCCGGCGCCUCCCCGGAAGGAUCAGCACAUGCCCCACGUCAUCAUCAGCGAGAAGCGCAACAUCCACGCGGCAGCACAUCAGGUCAGUGAGCUGCCCUUCCCCUUCGAGCGGCACCAGCAGUUCGAGCAGAGCAUACGGACGCCCGUGGGCACCACGUGGAACACACAGCGUGCCUUCCAGAAGCUGACAGCCCCUCGCGUCGUCACCCGUGCCGGCCACAUCAUCCAGCCCAUCUCGGCUGAGGAUGUCCCGGACACGGCCCCCGGCAGUGGGGCCAGCCCCAGGGAGGAGGCACUGCCCCAGCGACAGGCACCGUCCCGGCGCCGCCCGCACCGCAAAGCGCGGUAACUGUGCCUGAGGCCCAAGGGCUUGGACUGGAGCAGGCACAGGUACCAGGAGAAGCUCCUGGUUCUGUCCAGUUCCUUCUUCCUCUUUCCCUGCAGUAAAACCCGGGGCUGCAUCCAUGUGGCUCCCCUGGCAGCGUCCAAGGCUGGGAUGCCCGGUGCCCUCCAUGCUGCCCUGGGGGACCACGGGGGGCCAGUGCUUUGGCCGAGUGGAGGGUGAGAGGCUGGUCAAGGGCUUGUGCCGGGGCGGGUCUGGGAGUGAGGGGCUGGAGCAGCUGCUCCCAGCCUGCCCUGUGCUUUCAUCUUUCAUAUCCCUAUUUUUUUACCUCUCUGUAUUUUUAAAUGUUGACCAAAGGGGCUUUCUCCCUGCCCUGCCAUGCUGAGCUCGGCCCCAAGGGGAUGUUCCUCAGGUCCGCUUGUACCCCCAAGGUACCUGCCCAGCAUUAAUAAACGUGGUCACCUGGAAA